GGCGGCGGCCCUGGGGCCCGCCAUGGUGUGAGGCGCUGCCGCGAUGAACGGAGCGGUCCCGUCGCUCUACGAUCCCAAGGCGCGGGUGUUAAAGCUAGGAGAGAGCUUCGAGAAGCAGCCGCGCUGUGCCUUCCACACCGUCCGCUAUGACUUUAAGCCUGCAUCUAUUGAUAUGUCCUGUGAAGGAGACCUUGAAGUUGGCAAAGGUGAACAGGUGACAAUAACUCUGCCAAAUAUUGAGGGUUCAACUCCACCAGUGACUGUGUUCAAGGGCUCAAAGAAACCUUAUCUGAAAGAAUGUAUCUUAAUUAUCAACCAUGACACUGGAGAAUGUCGCCUAGAGAAACUUAGUAGCAACAUCACUGUGAAAAAAACCAGAGCUGAAGGAAGUAGUAAAGUGCAGUCUCGCAUUGAGCAGCAACAGCAGCAAAUGAGAAAUGCAACAAAGGUUCCAAACAACAUUAAAAACUCUCCAUCAAAAGAAAAAUCAUUUCCACCUUCUCCUAUGGAUGAUAUUGAACGGGAGCUAAAAGCAGAAGCCAGUAUCAUGGACCAGCUGAGUAGCUCUGACAGUUCAUCUGACUCUAAAAGUUCUUCAUCCUCUUCAUCAAGUAGUGAAAAUAGCUCUAGUGAUUCUGAAGAUGAAGAAAUGAAGCCCCCUCUUCCUAUGUCAAUGCCAUAUUUGCAGCCUCAGCCUACUGUGUCUGCCAUACCACAACAGGCUGUUCCUGACAAAGAUGCCAGUCAUAACAGAUCCCAAGAGAGCAGUGGUCAUAUGAUGAAUACACUACGUAAGUACAAAGGCUGUUCUUUUCUUAGUGCACAGUUCCAGACAUCAAGAUUCUAAAAGGAAACCAUAUUGUUUUUAAGUAUGUCUCUAUUAUAAUUAAAACUGUGGGAAGUGAAGCUAGGGUUUUGAUUGUUCAGCAGCAGGCUGAAUUAGACACUGGGCUAGAAGGUUCAUGGUUCACAGAGAUAUUAAAUUAAAGCUGAAGCAGUUGGAAAUAUUUCCUAAGUUGUUCUGGCUUCCUCCCAGUUCUAUACAUUGGGACUGGAGAACAGUAAUUUUGUAUUGAAAAUACAUGAACUAACAGGGUACUCCCUAAGCAUAUGUUUAUAAUUUCUUGGAUAGAACUAUGGGAAGAAUAAUAUGGUUGCAAUACUCUGAGUUACAGAAAAGAUGGUGUAUUCUUAGCUGUGUCCAUUACAAUUGUUCAUGGCAGUGUUCCACUGGCCAAAAUGGCAAAGCUGUCCUUUGCAUAUAAGGAAGGAGGUGAUUUGCUUGCAGGUGAUAUUAUCUUAGCUAAAAAUGUAAUUUGAAGAGUAGCUGUGAUGUUCGAGGGGUUGCUGCACUUGGAAAACUCUCCUUAAAAAAAAAAAAAAUCCCACCAAGUAACUUAAGUUCACUACCUGAUUAACAGGAGUACUCGGACAUAGAAAUGAGUAUUCAGCUAUGAUAACUCUUCCAAAAUGAUUGCAUUUUUAAUUAGCUGCUUAGCUGCCAGGUCUUGGUUUGAAGAGAUUUCCAUCAGCCCUGGUUUGUGGCUGAAUGGUUUAUCAUUUAUAUGUUAACUUGUUAUACUGAAAUUUUGGACUCUGGAAGAUCUACUUUUAUUUCAGCUCUUAGUGGGUAACAUGAAUGACAGUUCUUUUUCUUUUUUCUCUCUCUUUUUUUUUUUUGCUAGUACUUAAAUAUUUAAAUAACCUGCAUUGAUAUUUAAUUAUGUACUGCAUUAACAGAUAAGAUCAGACUGAAAAGUCCUGUGACUUCAUGUGUAGAGAAAUAAAUGCUGCUUUGAUUUUACUGCAGAGAACAAUGUCUUCAUGUUUACAAUUUUCAUAACUUAAGAAUGCCACUUAUUUCAACCCUUACUGACAAAUGUGAUUUCCCGUUCUCUACACUUUAAAUAAAACUGUUAUGGAAAUUUGAUUAAGCUUUAUCCCCAGUGAUGGAAUCUCAGGUGGCAAAGCUUCCAGUGAGAAAUUUAAGAACAGGUGGCCAACUCCACCAGUUCCAGCAUGGAGAUAAAAUGCUGCUUAAGCCAUGACAACAUCAGGACUCUUUCAGGGGAAGUUGGUGGCUUGAUGUUGCUUGAGAACCAUUUUGACAGGUAGAACCACUGCCUGUAACCUUAGGCCUCUGAGCUUGCCCAGCUCUUGAGAUUAUUGCCAUUUACUUCUAUCAUGUGUAAUCUUCCAUUACAGAUAUGUUACUGCUUAAAACA